GGGACUGCCAGUAGACGGAUUAAUGUCAAACAGCAAAUUUAGUGUAGGUUCUGAAAUUACUUUGAUGUUCUGCGGCUUAAUGAAUUACUUUCUACAGGGCUGUUGGAGUUGAUGAUGUUUCCUUAAAAAUUACACACUGUGGAGUUUGUCAUGCUGAUGUUGUUUGGACUAGAAAUGGAUUUGGAGACUCAAGAUAUCCUUUGGUGCCUGGUUAAAGAGGUUGGUUCCCACGUUCGCGGCUUCAGAGUUGGUGAUCAUGUUGGAGUGGGAACUAUUGUCAACUCCUGCAAAGAUUGUGAGUAUUGCAAUAAUGGCCUUGAAUAUUGUUGCUCAAAAGGGAGGAUCUCGACCUUCAAUGGUAUUGACGUAGAUGGUACCAUCACAAAAGGUGGAUAUUCCAGUUAUAUAGUUGUCCAUGAAAGAUUCUGUUUCAAAAUACCCAAUGAAUAUCCCCUGGCUUCAGCAGCACCAUUGCUUUGUGCUGGAAUUACUGUUUAUUCACCAAUGAUACGUCAUAACAUGAACGUACCUGGCAAAUCUCUAGGUGUUAUCGGGCUUGGUGGUCUUGGUCACAUGGCAGUGAAGUUUGGUAAGGCUUUUGGGUUAAAAAUAACUGUUUUCAGCACGAGCAUAUCCAAGAAAGAGGAAGCCCUGAAUCUGCUUGGUGCAAACAACUUUGUUAUCUCAUCUUGUUGGAGUUGUGGUGUUCAAGCUGCCAAAGUAGCAGCAAAUGAGAAUGAAAGCUGCACAAAAUGGCAGCAAAAUGAAGAAGGGAGAGCUGCACCAACAGCACGGUAGUAGCAAAGUGCAGCAAGCUAAGCUGCAAAUGUUGAGGAAAUGAGGCUGAAAUGAAAUGUAAACGAAAUGCAAAUGCAAAUGAAAUGAAAUGAAAGGCUGCAAAGAGGCUGUAGAGCUACCAAAGGACGCAAGUUGUAGCAAAAAUUGCUGUUACAUAUUCAAAUUUCAAAUGUAAUUUUAUUGUUUCUUAAUGUAAUUUUAUUGUUUCUUAAUGUAGAAUAGUUGUUUGAAUUUUGAAUUGUUUCAAAGAUUGUAUUCUCCUAUAUAUAGGAGAGUUGGUUAAUGAGAAAAGUUGAGUUGGAGUGACAUACUCCUCUCCAUUUUCUGUGUUCUGCUCUUCAUCUUCUUCUCUCGAAAUUCUCUCCAUUUUUCUUUGAUAAAAAAUAUGAACAUGGUAU